ACAAAAGGUUAUUUUUGUGCUUAAAUAAACAAAAGACUGGCUCGCCAUUUGCAAUUUUUAUGGCAAAGUGUAUAUUGGGCGUUUUUUCAUGCUGCUUUGCUAAGUUGAUUAAAUAAGAAAGAACCUUGAAGUAAGGUAGAUUUUAAAGAAAAACAAGAAAUGACUAACCCUGAAACUGAAGUUCAACAAGAGGUUUCUGUAAAAGCUUUGAAUACAGAUAAAACGCACCACGAGGAAAUUAACGUAGAAGUUCCUAACGGUACUGAAAAUGGUCAUCUUGAAAAUGAAACACCAAAAGUAUCUCCAGUAAAAACUGUUGACAAUGUAUCCGAAAUUACCUCGGAAACGGGAUCAAACGAAAAAAAUCAAGUUAGUUCUUCAGCUGAAAAGAAGGGAGAAGAAGUGAUUCCAAAAGUAUUGUUACAUCAAUAUCCUCCAGCAAAGUCUAUUCCAAGCUUGUCUCCUUUUUGUCUUAAAUUAGAAACAUUCAUGCGACUUAAUAAAAUUCCUUAUGAAAAUCAUUACAGUUUUAAAGUAGGAAAAAAAGGUAAGAUGCCUUGGAUAGAAUAUAAAGGGGAACGAAAAGCAGACUCAAAUUUUAUUAUUGAGUUUUUGACGGAAAAGUUUCAAUUAGACACUGAUACAGGUUUAACUGAUGAAGAAAAAGCAUUAGGUAGAAUGGUUAGAGUUGCUUUAGAAGAAAAUACAGUAUAUGCAUUAAAAUACUAUCGAUAUAUUGACAAUUUUAUUGAGUAUAAAAAGUUAAUUACACCACCUAAUUCAGGUCUUGGACAUAAUGUGGGCCUAAAGAUGACACAGCGAAAAAUUAAAAAUGUUUUAGAAGUUCAAGGAACUGCUAAUCAUUCGAAAGAUGAAGUUUACCAUAUAGCAGAAGAAGAUAUUAAAGCUUUGUCAAUAUUGUUAGGAGAAAAAGAGUUUCUUUUAGGUUCAAAAAUGACAUCAUAUGAUUGUUCCUUAUUUGGACUGUUUGCAAACAUACUCUGGAGUGGUUUCGAAACUCCUCUUUCUGUGUUCAUUAAAGAAAAAGCACAAAAUUUAGUUCAUUAUUGUGAGAGAAUUAAAGAAUUUCUUUGGUCUGAUUGGUCUGAAAUGAUUUUGAGUGAGAAAUAUGAACCUACCCUGAAAAAAGGAUUUAGUUUUCGUAAAAAAAAGAUUGCCAAACCUGUGAAAGUCAAGGAAUCAGAACCUGAGCAUACUGCUGAAAAGUCUGGCGAAUCAUCAGAAGUAAAAGAUGAAUCACCCGAAACAAAAAAAGAAUCACUUGAAACUAAAGAAGAAUUACCAGAAACAAAAGAAGAAUUGCCAGAAAUAAAUAAUGCAACAAUAGAAGACAACGAAACUAAGGUUGUAAUCAAUAUACAAUCAGAAAUUAAAGAUACUGUUGUUGAAGAUAAAACUUCAGACCAUGAGAAUAAAAAUUUACACCAAGAUAGUGAUAAAAUAAUUGAGCAAUCAAAUCAAAAUGGAGAGACAGAUGUAGCAUUAAUAAAAUCUGAAGAAUGAACAUGUUUUUAAAUUUAUGUAAUUUAUUAAAUUGUUGACAUUCAUCAACUAAACCUUUGAAUCACGUAAAGUUGGCACAAAGAUGGAGAAAAUUCUGUUUGGUUAUCCACGAAAAAAGUUACAUCAUAAUUUAGUGAUUUUGAACAUUUAUUUGGAAUCUAACUAAAAUUUCAAAUUGUUUUUACGAUUUAUUUUAUCGCUUUAAAGACUCAGUUUUUAGUUCUUUCUGCUACAAUAUUUUUUUCUUAGUUCAAAUAUUUUUCAGUUCUUUUAAAUUAUUGUACAACACUUUGGUCAAUUGGUCAGAGAUUUAUUUGCACUUUUUCUGUUGUAUAUUAUAAAAUGUUAAAAACUCAAUUUCAAUGAAAGUGUAAAUUAUUAGUUUUUCUUACUUUUUAUAUUGAGUAAAAUAUAUUUAUCUUAAAAGAA